AUGCAUACAAACGACAAUCCUCAGUUGUCAAUAGCCCAGUCCUCUGGUGCAAUCAUCAAAACGUCACUUACCACAGGACCCUGCGCGGAUAACUUCAAACGUCAACGGCCCAACAUCGACAAAUCAACCCAAGAGCUCACAUGCAGUGACGUUACUGAAUCCCCAGGGUCUAGUUUCAAACUGGAUGCAAUACUCCGUUCGACCAACGUGGAAUUCUCUCAGAGUCCCCUCGAUCCCUCUCCACCAGAGCUUAAAGACCCUUAUGACGACGACCUUUUCGAUGAUCUGGAGUUGGACCAAUACCUCGAGAGUCUCACUGGACCCGUCUCCAUUGAACACUCUGGACCUUCGCUAUCUCUGGACGAUACAGAUGAAUUCGAUCUGAAACAAUCUGACGAAGAUGCUCUGGAUGAGCUUUUGAAGCAGGAUACUUAG